AUGUCAAACUACACAGACUGGACAUACAGGUGGUACAGAGAGGAUCAACUACAGAGUCCUGGUUCACCUUCUAAAACCAUCACUACUCUGUCUGACCAGGUGAGUCAGUACCAGUGUCAGGGGAGAAGAACAGAUCGUCCCCAGUCGUCACAACGCAGUGAUUACCUCCACAUCAGUGUCACUGCUAAUCAAACAAAGGCCACACUGAGUUCAGACCAACAGGACAUAUUGACAGGAGACAGUGUGACACUGACCUGCACUGUAGAAUCUUCUGGAUGGAGGUUUUACUGGUACAAACACAAACAAGACUCUGAACCUGUAAAAACAACCUCUGGAUCCUCCUACACACUCAGCCAGGUCAGUGUCUCUGAUGGAGGACAGUACAGGUGUAGAGCUGGGAGAGGAGACCCUGUCUACUACACCCAGUACAGUGAACCAGUCCACAUACAGGUUACUGCUCCACCAACAGCCUCAGUGAGUGUCUCUCCUCAUGGUCUCCUCUACUCUGGAGAGUCUGUUACUCUGCAGUGUGACAUAUCAAACUACACAGGCUGGACAUACUGGUGGUACAGAAAGGAUCAACUACAGAGUCCUGGUUCACCUUCUAAAACCAUCAGCACUCUGUCUGACCAGGUGAGUCAGUACCAGUGUCAGGGGAGAAGAACAGAUCGUCCCCAGUCGUCACAACGCAGUGUUUUCCUCAAAAUCAGUGUCACUGCUAAUCAGCCAAAGGCCACCCUGAGUUCAGACCAAAAGGACAUCUUGACAGGAGACAGUGUGACACUGACCUGUACUGUAGAGUCUUCUGGAUGGAGGUUUUACUGGUACAGACACAGACAAGACUCUGAACCAGUGGCUUCAACCUCUGGAUCCUCCUACACACUCAGCCAGGUCAGUGUCUCUGAUGGAGGACAGUACAGGUGUAGAGCUGGGAGAGGAGACCCUGUCUACUACACCCAGUACAGUGAACCAGUCCACAUACAGGUUACUGCUCCACCAACAGCCUCAGUGAGUGUCUCUCCUCAUGGUCUCCUCUACUCUGGAGAGUCUGUUACUCUGCAGUGUGACAUAUCAGACUACACAGACUGGACAUACAGGUGGUACAGAAAUAAACAACUACAGAGUCCUGGUUCACCUUCUAAAACCAUCAGCACUCUGUCUGACCAGGUGAGUCAGUACCAGUGUCAGGGGAGAAGAACAGAUCGUCCCCAGUCGUCACAACGCAGUGUUUUCCUCAAAAUCAGUGUCACUGCUAAUCAGCCAAAGGCCACCCUGAGUUCAGACCAAAAGGACAUCUUGACAGGAGACAGUGUGACACUGACCUGUACUGUAGAGUCUUCUGGAUGGAGGUUUUACUGGUACAGACACAGACAAGACUCUGAACCAGUGGCUUCAACCUCUGGAUCCUCCUACACACUCAGCCAGGUCAAUGUCUCUGAUGGAGGACAGUACAGGUGUAGAGCUGGGAGAGGAGACCCUGUCUACUACACCCAGUACAGUGAACCAGUCCACAUACAGGUUACUGCUCCACCAACAGCCUCAGUGAGUGUCUCUCCUCAUGGUCUCCUCUACUCUGGAGAGUCUGUUACUCUGCAGUGUGACAUAUCAAACUACACAGGCUGGACAUACUGGUGGUACAGAAAGGAUCAACUACAGAGUCCUGGUUCACCUUCUAAAACCAUCAGCACUCUGUCUGACCAGGUGAGUCAGUACCAGUGUCAGGGGAGAAGAACAGAUCGUCCCCAGUCGUCACAACGCAGUGUUUUCCUCAAAAUCAGUGUCACUGCUAAUCAGCCAAAGGCCACCCUGAGUUCAGACCAAAAGGACAUCUUGACAGGAGACAGUGUGACACUGACCUGUACUGUAGAGUCUUCUGGAUGGAGGUUUUACUGGUACAGACACAGACAAGACUCUGAACCAGUGGCUUCAACCUCUGGAUCCUCCUACACACUCAGCCAGGUCAGUGUCUCUGAUGGAGGACAGUACAGGUGUAGAGCUGGGAGAGGAGACCCUGUCUACUACACCCAGUACAGUGAACCAGUCCACAUACAGGUUACUGCUCCACCAACAGCCUCAGUGAGUGUCUCUCCUCAUGGUCUCCUCUACUCUGGAGAGUCUGUUACUCUGCAGUGUGACAUAUCAGACUACACAGACUGGACAUACAGGUGGUACAGAAAUAAACAACUACAGAGUCCUGGUUCACCUUCUAAAACCAUCAGCACUCUGUCUGACCAGGUGAGUCAGUACCAGUGUCAGGGGAGAAGAACAGAUCGUCCCCAGUCGUCACAACGCAGUGUUUUCCUCAAAAUCAGUGUCACUGCUAAUCAGCCAAAGGCCACCCUGAGUUCAGACCAAAAGGACAUCUUGACAGGAGACAGUGUGACACUGACCUGUACUGUAGAGUCUUCUGGAUGGAGGUUUUACUGGUACAGACACAGACAAGACUCUGAACCAGUGGCUACAACCUCUGGAUCCUCCUACACACUCAGCCAGGUCAAUGUCUCUGAUGGAGGACAGUACAGGUGUAGAGCUGGGAGAGGAGACCCUGUCUACUACACCCAGUACAGUGAACCAGUCCACAUACAGGUUACUGCUCCACCAACAGCCUCAGUGAGUGUCUCUCCUCAUGGUCUCCUCUACUCUGGAGAGUCUGUUACUCUGCAGUGUGACAUAUCAGACUACACAGACUGGACAUACAGGUGGUACAGAAAUAAACAACUACAGAGUCCUGGUUCACCUUCUAAAACCAUCAGCACUCUGUCUGACCAGGUGAGUCAGUACCAGUGUCAGGGGAGAAGAACAGAUCGUCCCCAGUCGUCACAACGCAGUGUUUUCCUCAAAAUCAGUGUCACUGCUAAUCAGCCAAAGGCCACCCUGAGUUCAGACCAAAAGCACAUCUUGACAGGAGACAAUGUGACACUGACCUGUACUGUAGAGUCUUCUGGAUGGAGGUUUUACUGGUACAGACACAAACAAGACUCUGAACCAGUAGCUACAACCUCUGGAUCCUCCUACACACUCAGCCAGGUCAAUGUCUCUGAUGGAAGACAGUACAGGUGUAGAGCUGGGAGAGGAGACCCUGUCUACUACACCCAGUACAGUGAACCAGUCCACAUACAGGUUACUGUUCCUGUAUCCUCUACAUCAGUCCUAGUAGGAGUGGUUGUGGGUCUGGUUGUUGCUGCUGUUCUACUGACCAUCUUCUUGGUCCUGCUGUGUCGAGGUUCCUGUGGUAACAGAAUAUUCCGGCCCAUCCAUCCCCAGAGCACCAACCAGGACCCCCAACAGGACCAAGGAUCUACCCAGAUUCAGGCUCCUGAUGCUGGGUAUACAGGAAAUUUAAACAUCUACCAUCUGAUCCAUCACCCAGACAACAAUGAUAAUGAUUCUGCUGGUGUUUCUGCUGCUGAUGGGUCAGGUGAUGUGAAGUAUGACAAGAUUCAACUAAAGAAGUUGGACAAGAAAAGGAGAGAAAAGCCAGCUGAUCCAAAUAAAAAUACAGUCUACUCUGAGAUGAAGACAGUGAAAACUGCAGAAUCAACAACCCUGCCAGAGUCAGAAUCAGUUUAUUCUCCAGUAAAGACAUUCCCAGUCCAUAGUCCUUGAGGGAGAUGAACACAAUCAGUUGAGGAACAGGAACAACCAGGGAACAUGGAUGUGGUUUUUGUAACCACACUCUCCCUGUAAACACCGAAAUGUGACACAGACAUCACACACCCAGUCACAUAUGGACCACACACACAAUAAUGCCUUAUACAUGAAGGAUUUCUAUCAUACUAUGCUGUCAACUGAUACAAUAUUUUUAUUAUUCUACUUGU